AUGUUUAACAUAUUGGACACUUUAGCAGAAGAAGCUCUGAUCUUGAUGUGUAUGUCCUACGACUGCUAUGUGGCUAUUUGCCUCCCUCUGCACUACCCCAUCUACAUGAACAGAAGAGUGUGUGUGCUGAUGAUCCUGGGAUUCUGGGCCAUGGGUGCUGUGAACUCCUGUGCUUACACAGUCUAUGUCCUCCACAUCCCUUACUGCAGGUCCAGGGCCAUCGAUCAUUUCUACUGUGAUAUCCCAGCCAUGCUGACUCUGGCCUGCGGGGACAACAGCGUCUUUGAGUACAUUGUGUUGUUCAGCAGCAUCAUCUUUCUUCUGUUUCCUUUGUUGGUCAUCCUGGGUUCCUACGGGAAAGUGCUCCUUGCUGUCUACUGCAUGCGCUCACGGGAAGGCAGGAAGAAGGCCUAUUCCACCUGCAGCACCCACCUCACCGUGGUGACUUUGUACUAUGUACCUUUUGUUUUCACUUAUCUCUGCCCCAAAUGCCUCCUUUCUCCAGCAGUGGACAAGUUGGUGGCUGUCUUCUACACCAUCCUCACCCCAGUGCUCAACCCCGUGAUCUACAGCCUGAGGAACAAGGAGGUGCUGGGGGCCCUGAGGAGAGUGGCUGGGAGGUUCCUUUCUACAACAAUGGCAUGGAGAAAAGUGCGUCUAGAAAUCAUUCAUUGUGCACCUCCCACCGACAGGCACCAGAGUCUGAGGUUAAAAUGUGCUGCAGAGUCCUGGGGAGAGAUAGUCGGCUUCCGGCCUCCCACGGGAGACCCAGCUGCAGCCUGUGGGGAGCGGAUGUUGAAGAGCACAGUGGCCUGUGGGACCUGGGGUGGGCUGGCCACUGGCAGGGGAGCUCGCACUCGGGACCUCUGCCCAGGCUGA